AUGUCGGGUCAAGCUGAAUCAUCUUCUGCGGCAGCGAGAAAAGCUCUCAAUGCUGCUGGCAGUGGUGCAACACCAGAUUACGAACUGCCAUGGGUAGAAAAAUACCGACCUGUCUAUCUCGACGACGUUGUUGGGAACACAGAGAUCAUCGAACGACUCAAGAUUAUUGCAAAAGAUGGAAACAUGCCGCAUGUCAUCAUCUCUGGCAUGCCGGGAAUUGGGAAGACCACAUCCGUCUUGUGUCUUGCGCGGACACUUCUGGGUGACGCAUACAAAGAGGCCGUGCUGGAGUUGAAUGCGAGCGAUGAAAGAGGUAUUGAUGUCGUCCGGAAUAGAAUCAAAGGAUUUGCGCAAAAGAAGGUGACGUUGCCACCUGGGCGGCACAAACUGGUUAUUCUUGAUGAAGCCGACAGCAUGACACCUGGGGCACAACAGGCGCUGCGACGAACCAUGGAAAUCUAUUCGAACACCACCCGCUUUGCAUUUGCUUGCAACCAAUCGAACAAGAUCAUCGAACCUCUGCAAUCGAGAUGUGCAAUCCUGCGGUUUUCCCGUCUGACGGACGCGCAAGUGGUGAAGCGCCUGAUGCAAAUAGUCGAGGCAGAAAAGGUGGAAUACUCCGAAGAUGGCCUGGCUGCUCUCGUGUUCAGCGCAGAAGGAGACAUGCGACAGGCGAUUAAUAACCUGCAGAGUACGUGGGCAGGAUUCGGCUUCGUCAGUGGGGACAACGUCUUCCGAGUCGUCGACAGUCCGCACCCCGUAAAAGUCCAAGCAAUGAUCAAGGCAUGCUGGGAGGGCAAGAUCGACAGCGCAGUUGACUCGUUGAAGGAAUUAUGCACUAUGUUCCGCGUCACGAAGACCAUCCCCACACUCUCGGAGCAUUCGAAACUCGAAUUCAUCAAAGAAAUUGGAUUCACGCACAUGCGCAUUCUCGAGGGAGUCCAAUCUUUUCUGCAACUGAGCGGAUGUUUGGCCAAACUGUGCAAGAUAAAUAUGAAGCCGGAGCUGUUUGAGGUUCCAGCAUGA